AUGACGGGAAAGCCGCCGCAGCACCGCACAACUCUUGCGAUGGCGCUCGUCCGACAACUGCGGCUGACACAUGUCAUGUGGAGCUUUGGGGCCUACCUGAUCGUGUGGAUCGCAAUAAGCAUAUCGAUCUUACAUGUGCUGGACGUUGAUUACCAGUCCACUUUCACCUCCAUGGUUGAGCGGCAACCGCACGGCGUUCCCACCUCUCGCCACCAUCGAAAGCCAACGCAAUCCGUCGAUGACGAUUACUUUGUAUCCUACAACUUUACCCAAUGCUACCGUCAAGUGGAUUAUGGACUUCUCGACUCUAUCGUCCCCACCACCGUGUGCAAGUCAUCAUCCACGGAGUCAACGACCAUCACCCACUUGGACAGUGUCGGAUGGAACGACGGGUCGCUGUGGACGGCUUUCGCAUUGGACUUUUCACAAGCGCAAGCUGUGAGCCCAAUUCGCAACGCGAGCGAGGACGGCGGUCACCACGAUCCUCGCUACCGCUUGACAUCGUCACGGAUCCGGUGUCAGUGUGCCUUUGACGCGUCGACUGAAGCGAUCUCAAUCCUCGUGAGCCAAUUCUUUCCAUCCAACGACACUACGUGGCAAUGCAAUAGUCCGCCCGUUUUCCCAGACGCAUCAGCGGUAGUGGUAAAACCCACGGCACUCCUCCUUGCUCGAAAGGACGACCAUAACCCGUUCUUUCAAAUAGCGUCGGCCCUGAAUGCGUGGACAUUGCUCAAAUUGCUCCAACUAGAAAUGACGUCGACCCAACUCUUCAUCUUGGACGAUGGAGAACCCAUGGCAACGGACGUUCUCAUGCAGAAGCUCUUGGCGCCGCGACACUCCAUAACGUAUGGUCGUUCGAUUGUUGGCAAAACUCUCCACUUUGACCAAGCAGUUUUCCUGCCGUUUGAAUUCGCGGGGCCACUCGUGGAGCACUUGGACGACGAGCAACUAUGUCACGACAGCCGCUUGAUCUCUGACUUUCGCGCGGAUGUCUUCCGAGCCUUUGAUCUUCCACUGGUGGCGCACUCGUCUACAGUCAACACGACUGUCUCCACGACUUGCAUCAUCACGAUUGUGUCGCGGAGAGAGUACAGCGGGCGACGCGUGGCCCGAAUGUGGCUCAACGAAGAAGAAAUCACCUCAAAGAUGCAGACCAAUUACCCUAUGUGCACGGUGCAGUCAAUUGACUUCGCCACGAAGUCGAUGGCGGAGCAAAUUCAGCUGAUCAGCACCAGUCGCGUCGUCGUGGGAAUGCACGGUGCGGGCAUGGCAAACGUCAUCUUUGCGUCCCCCAACACGUUUGUGGUCGAGAUCUUCCCUCUGACUACGUUUCGAUAUGGAUACCGCAACUUGUGCCAAUACCUCGGCCUGCACUACGUUGAGUACCGCGACGGAGCAGACACGCCAUGGCCCGAGUCUCACAAAGUUGUUGAGGACGUGAGCUGGUUCCGAACCUUCGACUUGAUCAUGAACGUCGUCCUGAACGAAGCCGAGCGCGUCAAGUAUGAUGCGCGGCAGACCAUCCAGCGCCGCAUUCACCGAUCGCACCUCCUUGCCCAAGAAUUCGACCGAGUUUGAAACGUUGUUCAGUAAUUAUGCGACUUUAUUGGUUACAAUUCAUCAAUUUGGACCAA